AUGCCUGACCUGGCCAAAUACCCUCCAGCUCCCAAGAAAGGUUCCAAGAAGGUUGUCACCACAGCCCAAAAGAAAGAGGGCAAGAAGCACAAGGGCAGCCACAAGGAGAGCUACUCCCUCUAUGUGUACAAAGUGCUGGAGCAGGUGCACUCAGCCACUGGCAUGUGGUCCAAGGCCAUGGGCAUCGUGAACUCUUUUGUCAAUGACAUCUUCGGGGGCAUUGCAAAGGAAGCUUCUUGUCAGGCGCAUUACAGCAAGCGGUCUACAAUCACAUCACUGGAGAUCCAGAUGAGGGUGAACCUCCUACUGUCCAGACAACUGGCUGAGCACACUGUGUCAGAGGACAACAAGGAUGUCACCAAAUACACCAGCAUCAAGUAG